AUGUUACCGAACUCGAACGGCUACGACGUGAGGCUGUUCCUUCAUGGUGAAAAUGCUGCGGCUGAGGAUGCGGCGCCACAACUUGCUGAGCAAACGGCAAAUGUGGAUGCCGCCGUGAACACGCCAGUUGUGGUUGAUUCAGACGAUGAUGGAACAGUCGCCCAGGAACUGGAACUAGAGCAAAUGAGGAGUACAUUGGAAGAGGCGAUUGUGGAAACGCGCCGUACGCCUCUCGAAAAUCGACCGUGA